UAAAAAAUAUUAUGCACAAAAUUUCCGUCGUUAAAACUUUUUUCCCAAAAUCCGCAGUUUUCAAGUUAUAAUAUUAGGAAAAAUUGGAAAAUCACCCAAAUACAGAAAGCAAAAACAUCAAAUUUGUUGUUCAAAAGUUACACCGAUCGACUUUUGAUCACUACUGUGUGUUCAGGUAUGUUACAUACAUUACUCAUAUUUACUAGAUCUAUACCUGCAUUUCUAGAAUGGAGAACAACUCUACGAUUUUUGUGCGAGAUUAACCGAGAUCGCUUCACGUGGGUGACAGAUUUAUCCGCCCGCAUAUUCAUUCAAAAUUGUACCUGAUCACAGUAGAUCAAUACCAAAAAAGAGAUUAAACUACUUUCAAAGAACGCAUCUCUCCGCCUUCAUGAAAGUACCAUUUCAUUUCAUUGUUCGCAAAUUUUCAUUCACAAAAUUAUCGCGUUUGAAAAUGACCAAUAUUGUUCCGAGAAUACUUGGUUUUGUCCUAUUUGUACUAGGAGCUGCUAUUUUUUUGACGGAAGUCAUGCAUUCUUAUCAUCGAUUUGUGAAACAAUCCGAGGAAUAUUCAAUAUCUAACUCGAAUACCGACGAUGCUCCAACGAAGAAAAAACAGAUGAAGGCAUUUUUCAGUUUAUACCACAAUAUGGAUGAACUAAAAGCGCAAAACAGUGACGUAGUUCAACCACGUGUUUUAAAAGGAACCGCUCGAGAGUUUUGCAACAACACAGAUCACUGUAUUCGCCCAUUUUUAAACCAUGAGACCAGAUAUCGAGUCGCGCCGGAUUACAAAAUGGCCCACUGUGUAGUUCACAAGAGUAUGUCUACGGUUAUAACCGGGAUCUGGUGUUAUUUGUUCAAUAGAAACCGUUUUGUGAGAGUCGAUAAGCAAAUGAACAUGUCCGAAUGGGAUAAAGAAUCGCUCUGCCGAGGCGACAACACAUUUCGUCAUUUGAAGAGUCUUCAGAAAAAAUAUAAUGCGAGUGAAAUGACUGGAUGGAGUUUGUCAAUGAUAACACGAGAUCCCAUUGACAGAUUCAUAUCGGGUUAUGUGGAUAGAUGCAUAAGAGUGGCUGAGGGACCGAGUCCGUGCAACGGAUGCGAUAAGAAUAUGACAUGCUUCAUUUUGAGCGAGUAUGAAAGAUUCAAAAAGCAAGCCCACAAAGGGGUUCUCACAAACACUUUUGAGGAUCGACACUUUUAUCCGCAGAAUUGGAGAUGUGAUAUCAAGACAAUGCGAAAUAAAUAUGAAUUUAUCAGAUAUUCAAGUGAUGCAUCGAAAGAACUCAUGGAAGACUUAUUCAAAAUUGCUAGACGUCAAGGGAUUCCAGAAAAGGAGUUGGAAUAUAUUGAAAAUGAACUAACCAAAAACCGAAAAACUUCACAUACGACCGCUUAUUCGCCGGCCAGAGAGUUUUUCCAAAGGAGACUCCGAGAGAGCCCACUGUUAAUGGAAUACGUGGUGCGAAUGUUCUACCACGACUUUGUCAUUCUCAAUUACCCAUUGCCGGAGGGCUUCUAAUAGCCAAAAAAUACUAUAUUGGAUUACCAUAUCCCAAUGUGCCAUAUUUAUUGUAAAAGUCUGAUAAUGUGCCAUUCAGUUACCAAGUAUGCACCAAAUUCGUUUUUUUUCUCAAUUUUGUCAUCGAUAAACCCUUUUUUGGCUAAAACGUCACACAGGUAUUACCACAAAUCCCACACAAUCCUUUCAUAAUUUGGUACUUUGGAAGUUUCAUUUAUUUUCAAUUAUGUUCGCCCCACACACGAAUAUCAUGUCGAUUGCAAGAGUUCUUAUCAUAAUAGCUU